AUGGAGGGACCACACUUGUUUGUAGUGUCAGACAACUUGAUAGUGACACCAUUAUCUUCUCCAUCGAGUAUUAGCUUCCUAAAAGAACUUAAUGUACCUCUCAAUGAUAUUGAAGAGAAGGAAGAAACUAUACGCGAAACUGAGGCUCUUGCUUUGUUGAAGGCUUCUUUAACUUCAUCAGCUUUAAAUAAUUGCUUUAAGUCAAGUGGAAAUCAGAAGUUCAACAAAAGGCCUUGCCUUCAGAACCAGUUUCCUUGGCAAGCUUUUGACUCACUCGGUGGCCUGCAACAAACCCAGGAUCCUGCUGGAGCCAUGAAUUUUGCAGGAAAUUAUCCUCAGCCAUGGAAUUUGGGGCCUGCUGCUGAGCCUUUUGAACCUCCUCUCGGUGGGAACAUUGUGGACGGCAAGAUAAUGAUGGCCCCACAAUCCGUGUCCCUUCCACCACCAUCACCACAGCCACCGACACCUCCAACCCACUUAUCACAGCUUCACCGAGGCAGGUUGUACUCUGGUGACGCUGGCCAUGAUGGUUCACCGGGCUUUGGGUGGCAGCACGAGAAACGUGAUAGCUUUAGAAGUGGCCAAGAUAAUUAG